AUCAGUAUUCACUGCUACUCACCCUCUCUACUCUGUAAAGCUCAUCUGUGCAGUACGGAGGCAGCAUCUGUUAGCAGUAGUACACUCGCUCGUUCAUCUAUACAAAGAACGAACACUAAUCGGCCCCCGCGCAUGUCUGCCGACUGCCAGCACGUCUAGUCUUCAAUCACAACACAAACACCCCUUGCCAAAGCUUGAUUGAUCUAUUCAUCUGUCCAUUCACCAGAUCGCAUGGAAAAAAGGAGCUUCGAGUCAGGCGACACGUCAAAAGAGCCUAGCGACGGCACAGCCUAUCAGCAUGAACCAAAACAACCGAGACCCGGCUCGCCUGCAUCCCAACAAGACACAGAUGCGCACGCUUUUCGUGACCGCAGUGGUAGCAAUCACAGCAAAGUGAGCAGAGCCAGCAAUAAGCAGUCAAGGACCCAGCAGUACGCUGAACAAGAUGCAGAGAAUAUACGCGCUGCAGAGCGAGAUGCAUCGCGUAUGGCAGCGAGUCGCGUGCGGACCGGUUCGAUGCGUCCCAACAACCACGGAGACCUGGAGAAACACCAGGAAGACGAUAACGAUGAUACUUUGCAUGAACAUGAUGGCGAUUCAUUUGAUGCACGCGCUGAUCGACCUGCACAUAUGCCCAUGUCGAGUCGUAUGCGGCCUGCAAAGAGACCACUGACGGCACUGGGUAAGAUUUUUAGUUGGAUUCACAAUUUCAGUACGGUGACGCGUUGGUUCCUCUACAUCACGCCCGUUGCCCUCAUUUUGCUCAUUCCCAUUUUGGUUGGUGCAUUGAAGCGGACUGUGGAUGGUCAGCGACUUAGCGUUGCUGGUGUUGACCUUGAGUGGUUUGCUAUCUGGUGGAUGAUCAUCUGGCUCACCCUCUGGGCCGGCAAAUUUGCUGCAAAACUCGUUCCCUAUAUUGUUGGUCCAGUCUUCAGCAUCUUCACCAACUCCUACAAGAAGUGGCGAGAUUUGGCUAUUGCACUGAGUGUACCUCUCAGUCUCUUCUUUUGGUGGCUUGGUAUCUACAUCUCCUUUUUGCCGAUUGUCGAGGGACAUCAAAUUGGCUAUACAGGACGUCAAGAUUGGCAAACAACACUGAACCGCAUCAUCCUUGCAGUCUUCAUCGGAACGUGCCUCAAUUUGGUUGAAAAGUUUUUGAUGCAACUCGUUGCAAUUGGCUUUCACCAGCGUCAGUAUGAAGACCGUAUUGUCCUCAACAAGUUUCAAAUUGCAUCUUUAACAAAACUUUAUCGCUACUCGCGCGAAACAGACCGACUUGCCGUGGACAAUGACAUGGCAGACGAUCAGCAACAAGCACUGUCAGGGUCAGGCACACGUACACCCAACGCCGCACUCAAUCUCGCUGGACGUGUUGUUCAAAAGACGGCACGUGAUGUGGUGGGUCGUGUUGCUGGUGAGUUGGGUGGCAAACGCAUGGAGCACUCCACCUCACCUCGACAAAUGGUGCUGGCUUUGUUGGAGACGACUUCUGGUGCACAAACACUGGCAAGGCGAUUAUUCAAGUCCUACUCGAGGGAUGGACGCGAGUUUAUUCAGCGCGAGGAGAUGCGUGAUGCUUUUUCGGAGGAUGAAGAGGCAGAUGCCAGCUUUAGCAUGUUCGACAAGGACUGGAAUGGCGAUGUGACCUGUGAAGAAAUGGAGAUUGCCUGUGUUGAGAUUGGCAAGGAGCGCAAAUCCAUCACGGCAUCCCUCAAAGACCUUGAUCACGCCGUCUCCAAACUCGACGACAUUUGCACAGUCGUGGUGGCGGUAAUUGUGGUGCUCAUCUUUAUUGUCCUCAUCUCUCGCUCCUUUGCUGGUGUCCUGACAUCUGCCGGAACGACCCUCCUUGGCCUUUCUUGGCUGUUUUCCCAGCUUGCUCAAGAGUUUUUGGCCAGUAUUGUGUUUGUAUUUGUCAAACAUCCCAUGGAUGUUGGCGACCGUGUUGAUGUACUCAUGAACGGUGAAGUGCAGUCUCUCAUCGUCAAGGAGAUCUCACUUAUGGCCACGGAGUUCAGGAAACUCGAUGGCCGCAUUGUUCAAGCACCAAACAAUGUUCUCAAUCAGCUCUUCAUCCUCAAUAUGCGAAGAACAGGCGGUGUUGCCGAAGGCGUACCAACGACGCUACGCUUUGGCGUGUCUAUCGAACUGAUCGAUGCCCUGCGACAGAGCAUGCUUGAGUUUGUUCGCUCCGAGCCGCGCGACUACAAACCUGAUAUUCUCACCGAAUUGACGGAUAUCCCAAACUUGACGGCCGUCAAACUCACCAUCAUCUUCUUUCACAAGCAGAAUUGGCAGAAUGAGGGAUUGCGUAUCGGUCGACGCAAUAAGUUCAUGUGUGCGCUCAUGGUCAAUGUCCAGCGUCUCGGCAUUGAGAGUUCCAUCUACAAUGGUCCUGGUGGUACUAUGAAUACACCCAUGUACAUCUCCUACCCACAGAGCGGACAACAGCCUGGCGUGCAAUCGUUUAAUCCUCAUGGCCAGCCAUUCAACCCAUUGACUUCUAAUAAGGAACAAAAUGCAGCGAUUGAUCAAGUGCUCAGUCCAAGCAACGACUGCGCUGUCGACGAUGACUGGCAAAACGAGUCUACUGCACAGGGACCUUCAUCAGCCCUGCCGGAUAAUUACCGCCCCACGCAAACUCCCAUGUCGCGUCGUCGCGGUCCCGGUGUUGGUCGUCAAUCUAGUGUCACGCAGCAUAUGGCCAAAGUCGACUACUCCCUGGGCGCUACUGACUUUGCACAAUCUGCCGCCAAUGACUUCUUUGAGGAGUCUCAAGAACGUGGCUUGGCAGCUGUCCUUGAAGUUGCUGAAGAAGCAGAAGAACGAGCACAAAAGGAACGUUUUGAGCGUGAUAAGGCGAUGCGCAAGUCAAACUCUCGCGCGCGAACAUCAUCCGACUUGCCAGGUCCGGCAACUUCAGGAAAUAACUUGCAGCGUUCCAACACAGGGCUCUCACAACUGAGCUCUGCUGGUACAACACGACGAAACAGGUUCAGGUUGAUGGGUGGUCGUGGCGGCAAUAUCAAUAGUGCUCGAACGAUGCUUCAAUUUGACGAAGAGGCGCAAUACCCACUUGCUGGUGAUGCAAACGGCGGACCCCUUGACCGUCUACGCUCCAAUGAGUCUGUUGCAUCCGCUGGCAGAUCUUCCUUUGAAAGACGUGGAUCCAUGCUGUCACGCCUUGGUCGACAACGCACAAACAAUACACAGGCUCCACCGGAAUCACCUGCUAUUCAGACUCCACGUCCAGUGCCAAGUGCCUUGCAGACUGAGCGACGCGAUAUGAGUGUCAUCAUGGAGAACCCGGCAGAGCUUGCCUUUUUGCGCGAACAAGUCGCUCGAACCCCUUCACCGGGAUUGGAAGAGAAGACAAUGCCCACCACGACAGCAGCGACGUCGCACCGGCAAAGCUUGCCUCGCAUCAUCACUCAAAUACAGCCCGAACGAAGCCUUUCACCAAAGACACCUCAGCCAUGAUGUUGCAGAGGUUGCUAACACAACAAAAAACGAUUCAUGAUAGAUGAGAAAUGAUUAGACGCGUUACGAUUGCUUUCUGAUAGAACGAUAGACUACGCAUUCGUAUGAUC